AUGUCGCAGGUGAUACUAGCGGAGGGGUGGCAUGAUUUAGAUAACAAAGACUAUGACUGUUGGCCCCUGGAAAAACCAGAUGAGUAUAACAUGCUGGACUGUGGAGGCCUGGAGAUGGCAUGGGUGCAAAGGCCUCCAGAAAAGGCUGUGAGUGGAGAAUUCUUCAAUGUGACCUAUGCAGUCUUUGCUUCAGACAGCUUUUAUCAAUAUGCAGUGCAAAAUGGAAUCCUUUCUCACAGUUUCUCUUUCUGCUGCUUGGCUAGCAAUGCUACUGCUGCGAAGGAGUUCUGUGAGGAGCAUGAAUGCCCUGCCAGCUGGAAAGAUGCAAAUGGGGAAAACUGCUGUGUCUACCACGCCAACAUUCAUUCCUGUCCUUUGGCCUUCAUGGGUAGAGGAGGAAUAUGUGGUCCAUGGAUCCCAGAUGAUGGCCAGAUAUUUACUCACACUUUGUCUACAGCUGGCAAAAUGAGCCAAAGAAACUGGACUGCCAAGGUUGUUUUAGUUCAUGUGGGUGUGACUUCUCUCAUCGCACACGUCAGAGUUGGGAGAAUGCAAGUUGCUCUGGAAGCAAAAACCACAGUCCUUCCUGCAGUAGUCUGUGGAGAUGGCUUUUGUGAGGAAGAAGAAGGCUGCUCUAUCUGUCCAGCAGAUUGUGGGGAAUGCCCACUGUCUGCCGAUGCUAGGAUAGCAAUUGCCUUACCAAUAUGUUUAGUCUGCACUGGCUUCAUUUUGACAGUAAUGUGGUUUCAAUAUCAGAAACAAAAGAUGUUUUGGGAUGAAAGCUGGAUUAUAGACUUCACCUGCAUCAAACAAGAUCACGUAGUACGGACAGCAACAGGAAGCACGAUGAGUGCUCCUCCAGCACACAGUGACUCCGAUGCCAGCUGUAUCACUGCUCUGAGCUCCUGCACAGCAGCUGCUAAUGUGUCCAGGAAACAGUACUUCACCCAGACUGGGAGAUAUGAUGGUAGAACAGUGGCCAUAAAGAAAAUAACAAAGAAGGCAUUCUCGCUGUCCAAAUCCAUACGUAAAGAAGUAAAGCAAGUGAGGGAACUUGACCAUCCCAAUCUCUGCAAAUUCAUUGGAGGUUGCAUAGAAGUGCCAAAUGUUGCCAUUGUGACAGAGUACUGCCCCAAAGGCAGCCUGAGUGAUGUUCUACUCAAUGAAGACAUUCCUUUGAACUGGGGCUUCAGGUUUUCUUUUGCUACUGAUAUUGCACAAGGAAUGGCCUAUCUUCACCACCACAAAAUGUAUCAUGGACGGUUGAAGUCUAGUAACUGUGUGAUAGAUGACCGAUGGGUUUGUAAAAUUGCAGAUUAUGGUUUGCAGUCAUACAGAAAAGAAGAUUCUCCUGAGGGGUCAAGCUCCUACCGGCAGCAUUUGAUACAGAUUUACACAGCUCCUGAAAUACAUUCCCUUUCAGACUUUGAACCCAAUUCCAUGACAGACAUCUACAGUUAUGCCAUCAUUCUACUAGAAAUUGCCACAAGAAGUGACCCUAUGCCAAAAGAUGAUGCGCAUUCAGCUGAAUAUUCUUGGUGCCCACCUUUGGCAGAAUUAAUUUCAGGAACGGCUGAGAAUUCUUGCCCAUGUCCCACAGACUACGUAGAGUUAAUCAGAAGGUGCAGAAAAAAUAAUCCAGCCCAAAGGCCUACAUUUGAACAAGUCAAGAAAAUGUUGUACAAGAUGAAUCCUAAUAAAGUUAGCCCUGUUGACAUGAUGAUGACUCUGAUGGAGAAAUACAGCAAACAUCUGGAGAUAUUGGUUUCUGAGAGAACCCAGGAUUUAAUGCACGAAAAACAGAAGACUGAUCGUCUGUUAUAUAGUAUGUUGCCGAAGCAAGUAGCAGAUGAUCUCAGGCAGGGAAAACAUGCACAAGCACAAAGUUACUUAAGUGCCACCAUCUUUUUCAGCGACAUUGUUGGCUUCACUCAGCUGUCCAGCAGCAGCACACCUUACCAAGUGGUAGAUCUCUUGAACAAGCUUUAUACCACUUUUGAUGAAAUCAUAGAUAACUAUGAUGUCUAUAAGGUGGAGACAAUAGGAGAUGCCUAUAUGGUGGUGUCGGGAGUACCCAAAGAGAAUGGGAUUCUUCAUGCCGGUGAGAUCGCAAGCAUGGCUUUAGACCUUCUGGACAUCUGCAAGACUUUUAAGAUCCCACAUAAGCCCAACACGCUCCUAAAGAUAAGAGCAGGAAUCCAUUCAGGAGCAGUUGUAGCUGGAGUGGUUGGGACCAAAAUGCCACGGUAUUGUUUAUUUGGAGAUACUGUGAACACAGCUUCCAGGAUGGAAUCUACCAGUGAAGCUCUUAAAAUACAGUGCAGUUCAAGUGCAUACCAGCUGUUGGAGCAGAUUGGAGAGUAUGUGUUAGUAUGCCGAGGGAAUUUACAAGUCAAGGGGAAAGGAGACAUGGUAACAUACUGGCUUGAAGGUAAGAAAACCUCUGCCACCCAGAAGGCAGUCACCAGCACUUCUGUCACUCUUCAAGACCCCAAAAGAGCUUCAUUUAGUUUGAUACCAGGUGUCCUUCCCAAUGAUCCUCUCUCAAGUCCUCCUUACUAG